UUUGCGCGCGGGAUAAGCACCCAACGGACGAUCGCACUUUGGUAAAUGGAGCGCGCGCGACUCCGGCCAGGUGUUGUUUACGCUUGUGUGCUGUUGCUGCUCUACGCCGUGCGUUAGUGUGCGAGCGUAUAUGUGCGCGGUUGAGUGCAAAAAACGUUCUCGGCUGCGCGUUCGACAGUUUCUCGUCGAGGCAGUCCGCGCCAGCGACCGCAGCAGGAUCAUCUGAGUAGUUUUCGCUGCGCUCGCACGAUACACCAAAGGCGUGCAUGAGGGAGGCCGCGAAAUAUCGACUUCGCGAGCGACGACGACGAACAAAAUUGCUCGCAUGCUGAAGCGAGCCGAGAGUAAAGCUCGACCGUGCUACAGUGUUAUGUCCUGCCGAGGGUCGCCGUGUCGCUUUUUGGCCGUUUCGUUGUGUGUUGUUUGUUAACCGUGUCCGUCGAUCAGGAGCUUUCCCCGAGCUCUUAUAGUGUCUCGUUUGUUUUGCUAUGCGUUAUUAUACGCGUUAAACUUGCAUUAAAGUGGGAGAGACCGAUUUUUCUCGUCUGACGCUCCAAGUUUCGCUAUAUAGCCACGAAUCGCAGGCUUGGCGCGCGUUUGUAUCAAACACGAGCUUCACAGAGCGAGAGAGAGAGAGAGAAAGAGGAAGAGAGAGCGAAGAACCGAGUAGUGUGUGCGAGUGUAUCUAUGUGUUGCUACUUCGAGCGCAACAUACAACUUGAACUGAUGUGAGUCUUGUACGUGUGUGCGCGAAAAAAAGAGAGAGAGAGCCACGAGAGGCAGAGGCAGCAGCAAAUGCGCGCCAGUCCCGGUCACCGUCGUGCUCCGUUGUAGUAUAUUAUAGUCUGCAGUAUAAUUACGUACUCUCUGUGUGUUGUACCUAUGUCGUGCAGUAGUAAUUGCAGCUGCAGCAGUUCUCGAAAGGCACAGUGAGUGUGCUUAGCCCGGAUAACAUUACCAUCCUACAGUGUCUGGGUUAGAGAGGCAGUCUCUCCGCGAGAGAGGUCUCCUUUUUUACCUUAAAAACUUAUCGCGUCGACCGAGCGUGUCUCUCUUUCCAAGUCCACACACGGCCAUUGAUUAACGUUUUUGUUAGGCUGUGACGACGUCCAGGCGUGAAGUGUCUUCGGUUGCUGUCUACUCUUGCCGACGACGAGCUAACUCUUGUAACUCUGCGACAGAGCGUCAUUCAUCAUGCCACUUUUACGCAAGAAACCCUUCCAACGACUCCACGUCUCGUCCGACUUUCGCGAUGACGACGAGGUGUUUCAUUGCGCGGUUACCAACGAAAUUUUCAAGGAUUACAAUGAAUUCUGUGAGAGGAUAAUCCUCUGCAACUCCAUGAUAUGGUCUUGCAGCAUUACUGGCAAGUCAGGCAUGACAUACGAAGAAGCCCUACUUUGUGAAGAGAAUGCCAAGGAAAGCCUCAAAGAGUUUCCUAUGGAGCUUCGAAUUCCAAUUCUCUACUUAGCCAGUAAGACUCAAAGAACCUCAUUGAGUGACAUGAUAGACGAUGUUUUCCAAUAUGCACGAGAGCGAUAUUUUAUUGGAGAAAUGGUUGAAGCCAGCUUCACUGAAGACUCAUGGUGUGAAUGUCAUGUCCUACAAGUGAUUGAACCAACUGAUCAACAGAUUAAAGCAUAUAAUCAAGAAAACAAAAAUCCUUCUGAAAGACUGUACUAUCCACCAGCAAAGUUAUUUAAAUAUGAAGUUGAACAGCUCGAUUCAGGAGACUCUGAAGUUAGUCAUCUCAUGAUUGUAGAAGCUUCACAAAUUCGUAGAAGAAAGCAACAAUACACUAGAGAUCGUAAUAAAAUCUUUCUUAGAAUGUUGACACAACAAAGUUCUUCUGGAAUAUGGGUUGUAAAAGAAAAUGUAUUACAAAAAUAUGGAAUCCAUAAAGUGAGAUUCGACUCCAUAUUUGCUGGUCCAUUACCAGAUUUUACACCUAAACCUAGGAAACUUGUAAAACAAAAACAAGAAUCAUUAGAUAAAUUUCUUACUACAGACUCUACAAAGUUUAAGCCUUUCGACAAGCCUGAUGCGCUUAAAAAAAUCAAUGAUACUGGAAUGGUGACAAAAAAAUACAAAAAAUCAAAGCUCAAUGGAAAGUUUAAAGAAGAAUUGAAAGCAAAAGCUUUAGAAGAAAAAGCUAAGCGCCAAGAAGAACGACUUGAAAUUAAAGAACGUAAAAAAGAGGAAAAAAUAAAACAAGCUGCCUUAGCUGUCUACGUUAAGUCUUGGAAUAAACCAAGGGAAGAUCUGGAAUGCGAAGAUCUCAAACCUUUACCAUCGGCCACUCCAAUCAAGUCCGAAUUAUACAAUGAAAAAUUCGGAGAAUUUGCCAUGAUAUUGGAAUUCUUGGAAUUUUUCCGCGAGGAAAUUGAAGUGAAAGCUUACUUCCACAAUGGUGUAACGCUCGACAUUCUUGAGAAAGCAAUGAUGGAAAAAGAUGUGUCUGGCCCUUUGAAUGAUUUACUUCAAUUGUUACUUGCAAACAUUUUUAAAUAUCAGGCUGAAGAAGAGGAUGAAAUUCACGCUGAAUCUCAGGAUGCUGUUAGUGAAAAUGACAUAGACACAAAAGUAUCAUCAAUGGUUGGAGCUGUAAAAUUAGCAACUCAAGCUUCGGGAUGGUGUCAAACCCACCAAGGUUGCCAGUUAUCAGAGUUAGCCCUAGAUAACUAUACCAUGAGCGAGAUUUUGAGGCAACACCUUCUGAGCUCUGGAGGUAGAAUAAGUGAAGCAGCUUCCAAAUGGAGGUAUUCACAAAGAGGUGGUUACACAAACCAUGAUGAUCCAGCCCUAUUACUUAGAAUAGAAAAACCUAGAAUACUACGUGCGCUUGGUCACUCUAAUAUUUGUGACUUUGAUCUUGAAGACCGAUUAACUGUUGUGAUUUGUUUAAUUAAUCAGUUAUUAACGUUUGCUUCUAUACGUGAUGUUAUCGACGAGCGUUACGAAAAACUAUUUCAAGCCAAAAAAGACUUGAAAUCGUUUAUCAUUGCAGAACAAAAAAGAGAGAAAGAGGAGAGAGAUAAACAAAAGGAAAAAGAAAAAGAGAAAGAAAAAGAUGGUAAAGUCGAGGAAGUCAAAGAAGAAGAUUUGGAACCAAAAAAAGUUACGCGAAAUAAUUACAAAGAAGAGAAAAAAAAAGAAGAAUAUGAAAAUAAACUACGAGAAUUGCAACAAGCUUCAAAAGAUGAUCAAAUGAUGUUACUGUUAGGUUCCGAUAGAGCUUAUCGUAAAUAUUGGAGAUUAUUAUCCAUUCCAGGUAUUUUUGUUGAAAAUAUUGACGCAUUGGCCGGUACUUGUUUACCCGAAGGCACCCCUUAUAUGCCAGAACUUCUGGAUUCUGAAGUAUUACACUCAUAUUUAAAAAAUAAGUUCGAAGAUGAAUGCAGUGACAAGGAAAACAACGUUAAAAAGGUUAAAACUCCUAAGAAAGCUAACGUUGAUAAAAAUGGAGUUAAAUCACAACGAACUGAUAUUCGCAAGAGCGUGAUGGCUUGCACUGGUAAUAAAGACUGUCCCGUUCACGUCAACAAGUCUAGUUCAAAGUGGAGUUUUUAUGGGAAAAUCGAAGAUAUUGAUGAAUUGAUAAACGCCUUGAGUGAACGAGGUAUUAGAGAAUCAGAACUAAAAAAUAAUCUCAUACAUGAAAAGGAAAGCAUAAUAUCUGCUAUCAUUGGCUGUCCAAAACACAAAUUCAAUCCCGACAUCUUUCCAGAACCAGACAAAGAGGUUUCAAAAGCAUCUAAAAAGAAAGUUGACAAUGUUCACUCCAAUUAUCCUCCAGAUAUGCCUAUAAACACUAUUUUAGAACUCAAUUUACGAGACUAUGUCUUGGAUCUAGAAGAUAAAAUCAAAAUGGGUUGUCUAGGUACACUUAAAGUUCAAAAUCGCGAAGCUUGGCGUAGUGCUAUAAGCAAUGGCAAAUACGAUAAGCAAUGUGAUAAAUUAGUGUACGGUUUAAACGAAACUCCUGCAGAUUUUGGUCAAAAUACCAUGUUAGAUAGUAUCAAAAAAGAAACUAAGACCAGUAGACCUGGAACUCCUGAUUCUGAAGUAGGCACAACUGCAAAAGUUUACCGCGAUCCCGGUAAAUUUUUGGGGCCUCCGGAAGAAAAUGAAACAACUGCAGACUUAAAGCAUCAAAAAGCAAUUAAGCAAAUGGCUUGUGCCAUAUUACAAAUAUCUUAUGCUAUUGACCACAAGUACCUGAAAAAACCUUUAGGAAGUGAAGAGAAGGAUAAGAAAAAUGCUACGGAAGAAGCUAUCGAUAGAUGGCAACAAUCAUUGAUGGCUUCAACCAGUUGGUCCCAACUUUUUGUACACUUAAAUACUCUAGAUAAUAGUAUUCAGUGGAGUCGAAGUGCAUUAAAUGCUCAAUGCAGAGUGUGUCGAAAACGCAGAGAUGCGGAGAAUAUGCUACUUUGUGACGGAUGUAAUAAAGGUCAUCAUCUUUACUGUUUAAAACCAAAAUUGACUUGUGUACCAUCGGGUGAUUGGUUCUGCAGUGUCUGCAAACCUCGUGAAACAAAACAAGCACAAAGAACAAAACGAAGGAGACAGUUUGAAGAAGAAAUAGAAGAUGAAACAAGUUACACAAGAGAAACAAGACACACUCGUGCUAGGAAAGUUCUUUCUGAUGAAGAAGAUAACGAAAGCGAAAAACCUGUUAAGGAUGAACUUGAAAGCGACGAUGAAAUGUCUAGUUCACCACAACUCUGCACAAUGUGUGGCAACGAUGGAAAGCUAAUAGUUUGUGAAGGGUGUAAUAAGCAUUAUCACACUGACUGUCAUGAGCCUCCUUUGCAGAGACCUCCCCGCGGUCGAUGGACGUGUACUUCAUGCAAAUCACGGAAAAGUAAUAGUAAGCCAGUGAUAAAAGGCCGCGAGAGGGAUAGAGAGUCUGAGAGAUCUUCUGCAGCUACUGCAAGGUCUCGAAUCCAUGGCUUUGCCAAGAGCCUACUCUCUAGAGAAAUUAAAGACUGGAAUGAUCACAAUACUUCGGAUGAUAUUGAACACACUCGACACACAAGAAGGUCAGCAAAAAGAGCUGCUGAAGUCGAACAUGAGGCAGAAGUAAAGCUUACUGUUAAGGGAUGUAAGGCACAAAUACAAGAACUUUUGAAUGACAUAAAAAAACAUCGCCAAUCAUGGCCUUUCCUAGAGCCUGUUGGAAAAGAUGAAGUUCCGGAUUAUUACGAUUAUAUUUCUGAACCAAUGGAUUUUGGAACUAUUCAGAAAAAGUUCAGCAACAAUCAAUACACUGCAUUAAAAGAUUUCUUCCACGAUUGUUUACUAGUUUUUGAUAACUGUCAUACAUAUAACUCAGAAAAUAGUCAAGUUUACAAUAAUGUUUACAGGGCUGGACAGAAAUUGCUUCAAUAUUUUGAAAAAAGAUGUAAGGAUUUAAAUCUCCAUUUCAACGAAGAUGAAAUCAGACAGCCGAAUCAAAAAAUACCAAAAUUAGAAAAAAAUGGAAAGCAUAAUGGAGUCGCACAUAGUGACGAUGAAGAUGUUGAAAUGAAUCAUAGCUAGGGAAGAUUUCGCACGCAUAAAUGUGUUAUUAGGUUACAUCGUCUUGCCCUAUAAUAAUAGAUUUUUGAUUAAAGUUAAUAUUUGUUUAAACCGUCGACCUUUACUGUGUCAAAUUAUUCGUGAAGUUUUGACUAAUUUUCAUUGAAGUUAUUAUUAUUAGUUUGUCUUGCACUUGAAUUGUUUAUUUGACCAUAGUUUGAUGCUCAUAUGUACGAAGAGCUUGUUCUGACUAGUGAAAAAUAAUUCCUUCAAAAGUUGUUUAUAUGGAAGUUUUUUUUAUUCUUAGAUAGGGUUUCACUAUUGAAUUUGAAAAAUUCAUGAUAAACUGAGACUAGUAUUAUUUAUUUAAAUUGUGGUUUCUCAGUUUGAAUGCCUUUUCUUCAUGUGAUUCAGUGUAAAAAUGACAGAAAUCUUAGCAUGAAUAUUCAUUUUUACACUUACUUCACUUAAAAUGUUUAAACAAUUUAAACUUCAUCUUACAUGUUAUUUUAUCAAUUUAAUAUAAUUAUGCUUGUAGUAGCUAUAUUUGUAAACAUUUUAAAACUAUUUCCAUGAUCUGUGGGAUUUCAGCAGUAAAAGCUGUGAGCUCGUGUAGAAUAAAAUUUUAGAAUUUAUUUUAUCAACA